AUGUACGGAUUGUUAAGAAUUUACAUUUCCUCAUUUUUCUUUGAAAAGGAUGAUUCAACUAUUUCAAUAGACGAUCUUAAACUAAAUGAGGAUUAUUUGGUAUUUAUUUACUAUAAAGAUAAAACAUUCAAUUGUGGUGCGUGUGAAUAUUAUAAAGAAUAUUUAAAGAAUGUAAAUGUAAAAGUCAAAUAUUUAAACUUUGCUACUAACAAGUUAUUAGCUAUUAGAUUUCAUCAGUAUAAAUUCCCUGCCUUUAUCUUAAAGAAAGAUAAUCAAUACUUUGUCUUAAAUCCCAUUGAUGGAAAUGACUUAAUUAAGAAGAUAGAUGAUUCUAAUGGGUUUAGUAUACUUAAAUACCCACCAACAUCACUUUACUCAAUCAUACUUUCCUAUUUUAAUGUAAUCAUAUACACAAUGAUGGGUCUUUUUUAUAAAUCUUUAAAUUUUAUACCUGAAUGGCUUUUAGUAUUAAUAAUUCUUUUUAUAGUAAUUUACUUAACAGUGAGCAUUUUAGAAGUUUUAUUUAAAAUGUAA